UGAUGUGUAAAUCGCCCAUUAUCACCUUUUACAUGAACGAGAACCAGCAAUCACCGCACUGUGUAUAAACAGCCUGUGCAUGCAGAAUCAUCACUCUGGUCUCUGAACUUUGGUUAGUGUCUGUGAACAGAGCUGAAGAGAUGCAAUCUUGUGAUUUCUGCGGUGAGAAUACCCACGGUGUCUCAUUCAAACUCCCUUUAAAAGAGGAACAUCGUCGCCUCUGGAUAGUGAAUAUGGGUAAAGACGCGGAAUGGACUCCAUCUGAAUCCUCGUCUCUGUGCUCCGCUCAUUUCACUCCGGAUUGCUUUGAAUCUGGAUCAGCUCGUUUACACUCAGACGCGAUUCCGACUGUGUUUAAUUUCACACAAUCUAAGAAUCAGAUGCUAAAGGACACUGAAAAUCUCCCUCCACACCAAGAAGCACCUACUGAAUCCACCGACUCAUCCAGAUCAUCCUGCUCUGACUGUUAUAAACAUCUGCAGGCCACAGAAAGAAAUUACCAGCUGAAAUUAGCUGCUGCUCAGCUUCAGAUAAAAGAGUACAAAAAGAAUCUAGCAGAGGAGUCACGGAAAGCAACACAAUGGCAGAAGCGAGCAAUAGUUUUGCAGAGCGCAAUCAGAGCAAUGAAACAAAGGGGGUCAAUACCUGCAUCAAGAAAAACAUCUACACCUAAAAAUAAUCAUUUGGACUGAAAAAACACAGUCAGCGCAUAGCAGUUUUCAAAAUACUUUAAUACACUUAAGUACAUAUUAUACAAUUUAUAUGAAUACAAAAUAUUCUUACCAAUUAAAAAAUACGAUUGCAUUUUAUAUAAGCAACAGUGAAACAUUACUGUUUGGAUAUUUCACAAGACAGGUCACGAGAUAAAUAAAAGACAAAAAAGUGCAAGUAUAACUUUACACAAAAAAAGAUGAAUGGUUACAGUAUAUGUAAAUGUAUAGCACCAAUAGACAUAACUGAAAUUCUAUGCUCUCAGCUUACUGACAACAACGAUGUAACAUUGAAUAAAAAGAUGUUUUCUGCAAUGUUAUGAUAUAGAUUUAUUCACAUAAUGACCCUGCUAUAGUUAAAAACAACUUUGGCUGAAAAAUAAAAUGAUAAAUCCUGAGUUUGUUGUCAUUUUGUCUCUUAAACCAACUCAAGUACUAAGCUAAUACAAAUUUAAACAGGUGAUUGUGAUGUUUUCAAUGGCAUUUUGUGGAUAUAAGAGAUUAAUUAUGAAUUACAAACUCUUACUGUACUUUAUACAACCAUCAUCAUACUGUAUAUUAUGACACUAUUUAAACUGACAAUCAU